CACCCCCCUUCAACCCUCUACUCAACCCUCCGCUCCCUCCCCGCCACCUCCCUCAAACAAACACACACGCACCUCAUCCCCCCCCGCUCCGCCCACGCCUUCCGUGUCCCCGCCGGCGCCCUCUUCCGCCUCACCACACCCUCUGGCCCCCAAGUCGGGGACCUAAACAUCUGGAACGCAUGCGACCCGCGCGAACGGUUCUGGGCAGCGCGUACCAGGCAGUUGCAGAGUAGUCAUGUUGGGGUGGGGGAUCGGCUGUGGAGUUGUUUGCCGUUUUUGAGACCGCUUUGUGGGGUUGUUGAUGAGUCGUGUGGGUUAGGGGAGAGGGGAGACGGGGUGGAUGGGAGGGGGAAGGAGAGGAGCAAGUGGGGAGGGAGGUGUCAUGAUUUGUUGGGGACAAGGUGUGAUCCUUAUGUGUCACAUAUGCUUACGGGCGCGAGCUACGAUUUUCACUGCCACUCCAAUCUCGUGCGCGCGGUGCUUCCGUUUGGCCUUACCGAGUUCGACGUCCACGAUGUACUGAAUGUGUUUCAAGUCACCGGGCUGGAUGAGCAAGGGAGGUACUUUAUGGAGGCUAGUCCGGCGACCGAGGAGAGUUAUAUUACGUUUUUCGCAGAGCAGGAUUUGUUGUGUGCGUUGAGUACGUGUCCCGGUGGGGAUUUGAGUGCGUGGGGGUGGCAUCAGGCGGAGGAAGGGAAAGGAGAGGGCGAGGAGCCGGAUAUGAAGAGUACGUGUCGGCCGAUUCGGGUCGAGGUGUUGGAGAUUGAGGAGGGGGUGAGGAAGGAAGUAUUGAAAGAUUGGAAGAGGCCCGAGAAAAGUGGGUAUGUGGGUAUGCAUGGGAUGAGGAUUCCGACUGGGGAAGAGUAA